AAUUAAUUGAUUAAGUGAAUCUUUACAUUACCUGACUGUGUGUGUAUAUAUAUAUAUAUAUAUAUAUAUAUAUUAUUAUUAUUAUUAUUAUUAUUAUUAUUAUUAAUAAUAUUACUAUUAUUAUUUUAUUUGCAUUUUUUCAUUUAUAUAAUUUUUUUUCAUUUAUAAACAAAGCACAAACAAACAUAGAUUCACAUGUGUGCAAAGCAUUGUGUCAGUUCCAGAGAAAAAUAGACAACAACUGCAGAAGGUAGGCAGGAUACAAUCAGUCAGGGAUUUUUUUUUUAACUUUCUCCUCCCCCUUCAAAUAAUUUUGGCCUCAAUCCAAUCUGACCGCUUCCAGGUGAGAGAGAAAUGGUCCCCAGGUAUCUGGAAAGGUGGUUAAUGAGCAGUUUCUUGAAUAUCUGAGUUUUCCCAUUUGUAUAAUAGAGAUCCAUUGUUGGAAAGAAGGAGCAACAUUCUUGUAGUGUGAGUCUCUUGGCCUACCUGACUAUAUUUAACAUAGGUUGCAAAAGACAAACUUUUCAAAAUAAUUUUAUGGACCAGUAGAUAAUAGACAUUUUUAAGCAUUUUUUUAAACACACAAAAAUAGUUAAGACAACAACAACUCUAAAAGAAAAUUCUGAUUUAUUUGCUUGUCUAAAGUGACGUGUAAAUCAUCAAACGUCUUUCAGGCAGAACAUUCUCAUGUUUUAGCCCUCUCAGCAUUAUUAUUUUCUGAUGUUUCUGUUCUGGUUUAGGGACACUUUGCCAACUUCUGACCUCCUGAGCCGCCUGGUGCAUCUGGCAUCUGGAAAUGACAGUUAAGAAAUAAUGGAAAGCAUUGAAGCAUCUGGUUUUAUUGGCUCAGGAUUUUUGUUUUGGUAAUAGAGGGAAAGCAAAGGGAAAGUGUUGAGAAAUAUUUACAGAGAGGAGAAAAAAAGAAGGGGAGUGGGGGGAGGUGUUAUUGGCUGCAGGUUAAUUCAAUUUCCAGACAGAUGCUGGGUUUCGAGCCUUCCCACCCGCACAUGCACGCUCUCUAUCAGACGCACAGACACGAUCUGCAUGUCCACAAAGCGAUGCUCACACUCACAUGAAUUGUUAUGGAAACCUCUUGCAGAAAACAGAUGGUUGGAGCCGAGUGAUCACAAAACACCAGAACCCACGCUGGGUUUCAAACAUUAAGGGGCUUUGCAUUCUCUCUGCAGCCGGCAGAUUGGAGGUGGUGCUGCUGCUGCUGCACCCCUCACCCUCCAUCAGAUGAUGCUGUUCCAGUUCAUGACGCUGAUGUGUUAAAAAGGAGACCUGAAUGGUCGUCCGUGAGGGGCUUGGAGUGGGUGGGUGCUGAUGAGGCUCUGAAUGAGGAUGUGUGUGUCCCCGCCCCCCCUCUUUCUCUCAAACUCCUGCAUCCGCACAGGCAGCAGCAACAGGAGGAGGAGGAUAAAUGAAACAGUUUUUGCAACCACAUGUUGCUGGGCUUGUUGGCAGCGCCGCAGCUCCCUGCUCCUGUGUGAGGAUUGUGCGUCUGGCUGCUCCUGCCACUUGUGGCGACUCUCCUAAACCCCCUUCCACAGAGAGCAAACCAAAAAGAAAGAGGAGAGGAGAGAGGUUUGGGGGAGAAGGAGGAUUUCUCUCAAGUGGACUUCUGUCGGAGAGACAGUCUCGCUGCAGUUGACACAAAUGAAAGCAUCUUAAAGCCAUCACCAUGCCUGGACUCAUCAACAAGGAGACCCGGUGCGCUCUGCCGCUCAGUGUUUCUGACAUCACUUCCUGUGUCAGAGGUUACACUUUGGCUCUGACUGCCUCCAUGACCUAUGAAAACAUUGAGGACCAUGCCAUUGAGGGGAUCUUCAUAUACCCCCUGGAGGAAAAUUCCAUCGUCGUAGGCUUUGAGGCCAUGAUAUCGCAUCAAAUUAUUACACUGCAAGUGAAAAGUAAAGUAAAAAUAGACGACUGUUAUCCGGACGGCUGCAAUGCAAGCAAUGGAGCCCCACAGAGUGGGAGUGGACACAUAGUGAUGGACGAGGAUUUUGAGAGGACAGUGCUCGUGGUUAACCUUGGCAUCAUCCCUCCGCUGGAGACGGUUCACGUCCUUGUCAGUACUUCAUCUGAGCUCUCCACCCUGCCGAGUGGGGGGAUCAUGGUGUCCACCCCGCCUGUAUGCACACCCCGAGUCCAGAGGACCAUCAACGAGGAGCAGGGCCUGUCUCCAAACUUCUCCAGAACGCGAGACAGACACACGGGUGCCUCGAGUCUUCAGGACCAAAACCCUAAUGCCGCUCAGAUGUGGUUAACCUCACUGCUGGAGGAUGAGACCAUUAACUCCAUGGAUUAUGAAUUUAACUUCCAGAUGGAGAUACGGGCUCCUUAUCUCCUUGCAGGUGUGGAGAGUCCGUCUCAUGCCAUUCGAGCAGAUGCAGACCCUCUGGCCCGCUCUGCCACCAGCAUCGUCGUCACUCUGGCUGACAAGUACACUUACGACUACCCUGUUCAAAUCCUCAUCUACCCCAGCGAGCCUCAUCUGCCUCAUGUGCUCAUUGAAAACGGAGACAUGACACAAGAGGAGUACGAUGAGUAUCUUCACAGCCGGAGCGACUUCAUCAAAGCCACCAAGAAGGACUCCAGCAACGAGAGGAAAGUGGAUAUAAUUCACAGACGACUACAUAAAGACAUCCUCCACAACCCCGUGGUCAUGCUGAACUUUUGCCCCAACCUCAAACCUACCUGCUCCGACCUGAGGAAAGUUCAUGGCGAAUUUAUCUUCCUGGUUGACCGCAGCGGCAGCAUGAGCGGAAGUAACAUCAGUCGUGUGAAGGAUGCCCUGGUGGUCAUUCUCAAGAGCCUGAUGCCUGGCUGCCUUUUCAACAUCGUCAGCUUCGGAUCAACGUUCAAGUCACUGUUCGCAACCAGUCAAAGCUAUGAAGAGGAGGCCGUGGCCCCGGCGUGCGACUACAUCAGGAAGAUGAGAGCCGACAUGGGGGGGACCAACAUCCUCCCCCCCAUCUCCUGGAUCCUGCGGCAGCCCGCGGUCAGCGGACACCCCCGGCUGCUCUUCCUGCUGACGGACGGCGCCGUCAGUGACACGGGCCGGGUCAUCGAGGUGGUGCGCAGCCAUGCGCGCUACGUUAGAUGUUUCACGUUCGGCAUAGGGCUGAAUGCUUGCAGGAGGCUGGUGCAGGGGGUGGCGGCGGUCUCCAAAGGAACAGCAGAGUAUCUGGCUGACGGAGAGAGACUGCAGCCCAAGAUGAUAAGGACGCUCAAGAAAACAAUGUCCCCCGUGCUCAGCGACAUUUCCAUCGAGUGGCUUUUUCCUGAAACCAAAGAGGUGCUGCUCUCACCUGUGGGCAACACCUUCCUUUUUCCGGGUGACAACCUGAUUGGCUACAGCGUGGUUUGCGACACCAGCCGUUACCACAACCCCAAAUCUGAUAAGAGGAGGCGAUACAGCAUGAUGCGCUCCGUUGAGUCAGCCAGCUCGGUGUUUUACCACUCUCAAGAGGAGGAGUCGGCAAAGACGGGGAUUAGCAACCAAGGAUCCCACAGGGAGGCGCCCUCUUGGGCCUCGUGCGUCUCCCACCAGGACUCCCUGACAGACAGCAGCCCCGUCACUGCAGAACAAGACACUAUGGAUGACACGGUGCAGAGGAGACGGGCGUAUAGCACCAACCAGAUAAUGGACUACAACCCGGCCAAAAAAAACACAACUCCCAGUGACCCGAGCUCCGUGGCCCCCAAGAACCCUCUGAGGAGAACCAAAGUCCAGGAGCUGAUUGGCCAGAUGAGUCCAGAGCACGAGGCCCAGUGGAAGAGUGACUUCCAGCCCCAGUUGGCCAGCCUGUGUGCCGCUGCGUCCUUCAAAGGACAGGCUGCAAGCUGCCACAAGCUUCUUCCUCAGCAAGAGCUACCGCUGCAGCGCAGGGACGACCCGGAGCUGCACCCGAACCUCCAGCAGCAGGACGUUCCCCACGCCGGCGACGACAACAAGGCGGCUCGCAGCCACGCAAAGGGAGGUGGAUCUGGGUCUUCGACUGACAGCCCUUCUCUGGGCAGCAUUGGAGACUCAGAUGGAUAUGGACACCAGUUGUGCCAAGCAGAGACUCCACAGGAUACGCAAAUGUCAGACCUGGCUUCUUCCAUGCGGCACCAAGGGGACUGUAAGGCAGUGGUGUCCGGACUGCUGUGUGGGAAGCCAAUGAAAUGGGAGAUGGUCUUCGACAUCGAGCCUUUCCUGAACGGCCGGGAGCGAGAAGAGAAGGUUCAUGAAGAGCUGUGGAACGAGACCUUCCACUACCUUGCAGGGCGCUCCAUCAUCCACGACUUUGAGCAGAUGGCAGAAAAGGAGUGUGAGAUAGAGCAUGAUUCUGGCAGAAAGUACCAGUUAUAUGCUAUUCACACCAGCAAAGCCUGCAAUAUACUGAGCAAAUACACAGCGUUUGUUCCCAUUGACCUGGACACCAAUGAGUAUUUGCCCACGUGUGUCGAAUAUUUAAACCCUGGUGAAGGUCGGAAGAGGAGCUCUAGAUCUCGAUCAGGGAGCCGAAAAAACAGAACUUACUCCAUCGGCCUGGGUCGUUCUCAGUCUGGCGGCAUGUCAGAAGAGGCUGAGGACGCCCCUUUGCUUAACAAUGGAGAGGAUGGCGCCUCACCGUGCAGCACUCCGUCCUCCGCUGGCUGGGAGAGGUGCAGCUUCACAGAGGUCUCCCAAAGGAGUCCCUCUGUGACCUCCGACCAAUCCCAGAAGUCGGUGGAGAGCCUUUUUUCUGCCAGGCUGGCCCUCAGCAGGACCCGCCUCCUGACUCGAGCUGCCAAAGGGUUCAUGUGCCGAACGCACAGCAAGUCUGGAGAUUCGAUCGGAGAGGGCGAGAGCGAGAACAAAGACUACAUUCCUCUGGUGUUGUUGCAGCUAGCUUGUGGUGCGUUUCCACUGGACUCAGCGCUGUGUGAAGCCAUAAACGUCCCGAUGGACAAACUCAAGUGGACGUCCCCUUUCACCAGCCACCGCUCCAGCAGCCGGCGCACUGAAAGCACAGACGACGGCUGCAGAUCCCCCCUAGAGCAAGAAAUGCAUGCUGCAGAGUACGCCGCAGGCUCAGCCCCUCGUCCAUCCAGGGGUGGGUGGCCGGACGCUGGUGCCUCAUUACCCAGCCCAUCCACCUCUGCUGACCUCCCACUGUCCCCACACCCCUCCCACACUGACGCUACAACCUCUCCCGGCGGCGCGAUGAAGAAGAUGCUGGAUCCAGAAAGCAUGGUGUGGGCCACCGCCGUGGCCCUCGCCUGGCUGGAGCACAGCUCCGCCAGCUACUUCAUCGAGUGGGAAUUGGUCGCAGCCAAAGCCAGCAUGUGGCUCAGUGAGCAGGACAUCCCGGAGGGGAAGGAUUUAGCCUCCAUCAAAGCUGCUGCCAAUCAGCUCUUCAUCAUCCUCAGACACUGGGAUGAGAACCUGCAACUGAACAUGCUCUGUUACAACCCCAACAGCGUGUGAGGCUUCGAUGGAGACCACCCACUUAAACUAUGCUAACCCAGGCUGUGCUGUUCUCCGCCCAGAAAUUCGCUUCUGAAGUCUUGACUCUCGUCACUGCCGUGGUGAACAGUGUGCGUUUGUCCCGUUGUCGUGCCGUUCCUCCAAACAUAUCACAGGGACCAACACCGGGAGAUCAGCAGCCAUCUAAAAUGACUGGGAGAACGUCAGUGUUAGUCAUCGCAUGUUGAAUUACACGCCCUCUGAAAAAAAAUACCAUGGUGACCCCAAAACCAAUGCUGCAAAAGAAAAAUGAACCGUUGGAUGGGUUGCAUACUGUUGCUGCUUCGUGUUCUCCUGAACCCAAAGUGUGUUGUGGAAGAAAAAGAAGAAUCUGGGUUCUUCCUGGCUGUACUGUCACGUUUUUCUCUCACGCCGGUUGUCUAAUCAAGUGUAAUUACUGUUUUUGCCUUUUUCAGUUCAAUUGUAGCAAAGAUGAAAGUAUAUGCAAAAAACUAAAGAAAACCUAAAAAAAUAAAAAAAUAAAAGAAUAAAUAUGAUGUUAAUCGACGUUAA